GUAUUUAAAGCCAGGCAGUGCCUGCCUGCCUUUCCUCUUCCUCUGGCUUCCGAGGAAGAGCUCUGGCUGUGUUGCUGGCUUUGUUGCCCGGCUGCUGCUGUCACUGUGCCUUACUUGCUGCUUUUGCUGUGGACCCUGCUUUCUGCUCUGGUGGAGCUGCUGCCACCCCCACCCCCCGACCCCUGCUGCUUCUGUGGACCCCUCUGGAUUACCUUGCCGUGUCCCUUUUUUCUUUGGAUUAUCCUACCCUAGUGGGAUUGCCUUGCUGUGCCUGCUUUUUUUUUUUAAUUACCCUAAUUGAAUUACCUUCCUUGCUGUGGACUGCCUAGUCAGGUCGGAUUGGUGAGACACACACACACACCUCAUUUUGUAAUUUUAAGCUGAUCACUUGGAUAGUUUGGUUCUUUUAGGUUUAGAGUUUGGAAAGUGUUGACCUUUUUGUUUUUGUGUAGUUUUAGGUUGGGAGUUUUAACUGGUUUUUAAAAUGCUUUCGGGGUUUGGUCUAAUUUCAGUGCUUUUGGUGUCAUUUUAGGUUCCGUCUUGGUUGAUCUUUUGUGCUUUGGGUGUUUAGUUGGUUUCUUUUAAAUAGGGCCUAGUUGAAGGGAAAGGAUGUCCAGGAGGGUGUCUGGCAGGGCUAGGAGCAGAGAGGAGGGAGGUAAGGAUGAUGCUGGUUUCGGGUGAGGGUGGUGAGAGGGGCCGACUCCCCAAGUCACCAAAGUCCGCCUAGGCCGUUGCAAGCAGGCUCACGUUUCUAGUGACUCCUGCAACUGCCGUGCAACCACCUAUGGUAGCUGAGAUGGAAGUAGCACACUCCUACCAGGGAGGUGGUGAACCAGAAAACAGGUCUUUUACAUUGCCUUUAUAAACCUCAUGGUGAUAUAAUGGAAUGGAAGGCUACAUAGUACUCUAACAGAAGCAAAGAGUAGUGCAUGCAGCUAAAUUAAGUGGAAGGAUGCAAAAUUUGGUCUCUGCAGGUGAUAUUGGGAAGGAUGAUAUUCAGAAUUCCUUCUGCACAAUGCAAAAGCAAUUAUAGAAACCAUUCCCCAAGUCGAUCCCAGUGUAAAAAGUAGCUUACCUUAUUCAGCUAAUUUCAGUGGCAGGAUUUUUAAUGCAAAAAUUGUAGGCAACCUGUAAGUAUGAUGUUUAGAAUAGUUUCUUAAUUCCCCCGCCCCCAAGCAUAUUCUGGUGUAAAAAAUUGUGCAUUCAUCAUCUACUGUGCUUUCAGUGGCAAGAUUGUGUAUGCAGAAUUUGGUAUCUGAAGGUCCGUGGGAAGUAUGACUUUAUUUUACACAAACCAACCCACCCACCCCUUCUACAAAAUAUAUAAUAGAUUCACUGUUUCAUUAGAAUCAGCACAAAAGAGAGGAUUGCAUUGCCAACAGUAACAAUAAAUUUCAUUUUCACUAAUCAUGGACAUUUGAUGAUUGGGGGGCUGGGGGGGACUAUGAAAAUUUAAGUCCAGAAUUAAGACUAUCUCCUUUGGGAUCAAGCCCCACAAAGCUGGGAAAUUAGACCCUAAGGCCAAUGCCUUAACAGGCAUGCCACACGAUCAAUAAGGAAGUUGUGCAAUGUCACCAAUUGUGUCCCAUAACCGUUGGCGGGAGGGGGGCAGGGGGAGGUUUAUUGCCUUUCAUCAUCCUUAUCCUGUUUUAUGGGGCCAGCUAGUAAAGGCUAAAUGAGAGCACCUUCCCAAGUGUGUCCUGAUUUCAGUGUGAACCGUUUUCUGAUGCCCCCUGGGGCUAUUUGGUUUAGAAAAAAAUACGACUGCGGGGAGACGCGAUAGAGGUCUAUAAAAUCAUGCAUGGUGUGGAGAAAGUGGAUAGAGAGAAAUUCUUCUCCCUCUCACAUAACACUAGAACCAGGAGUCGUCCCAUGAAACUGCCAGGAAAUUUAGGACCAGCAAACGGAGGUACUUUUUCAUAUAAUGCACAAUCAACUUGUGGAAUUCUCUGCCCCAAGAUGUGGUGACAGCCAACAAACUGGAUGGCUUGAAGAGGGGCUUGGAUAACUUUAUGGAGGUUUAGAGGCCACCUCCAGCCUCAAAGGCAGGAUACCUCUGAGUACCAGUUGCAGAGGAGUAACAGCAGGAGAGAGGGCAUGCCCUCAACUCCUACCUGUGGCUUCCAGCGGCAUCUGGUGGGUGGUGAUUCUCUUUAUUUAGCAGGGGGAGAGUAACUGGCCCUAUCCACUCCCAGGACAGUACCUCCAGUGACUGCUGGUGGUGUCUAUCUUAAGUUUCCUUUUAGAUUGUGAGCCCCUUUGGGGACAGGGAGCCAUCCUAUUGUUUUAUUUAUUUAUUAUUCCUCUGUGUAAACCGCCCUGAGCCAUUUUUGGAAGGGUGGUAUAGAAAUCAACCAACCAACCAAUCAAUCAAAAGUCCGAAGGUGCUGUAAGCUUGUUUAUUUAAGCCCAACACAGAACUGCCAAAGCCUUCUUCAGGGGCAAACAAGGACACAAAACAACACAGAAAUUUUAAAAAUGAUUUAAGAGGAGAGUUGGUCUUGUGGUAGCAAGCAUGACUUGUCCCCUUAGCUAAGCAGGGUCCGCCCUGGUUGCAUAUGAAUGGGAGACUAGAAGUGUGAGCACUGCAAGAUAUUCCCCUUAUGGGAUGGGGCUGCUCUGGGAAGAGCAGAAGGUUCCAAGUUCCCUCCCUGGCAACAUCUCCAAGAUAGGGCUGAAAGAGAUUCCUGCCUGCAAUUUGGGGGUAGCCGCUGCCAGUCUGUAUAGACAGUACUGAGCUAGAUGGACCUAAGGUCUGACUCAUUAUAUGGCAGAUUCCUACGUUCCUAUAAUAUACAAUCAAUAAACUCUUAAACAAAACAACCUGUUAUGAAAACUAUAAUCAUUGUACACUUACAUAUUAUCCCAUGUAAUCCUGUCACAAAAACACUUCUCCAAAGACAGGUAACACUCUAAAAAAUAAUAAUUUAAAAUAGAAGCUCAGUUUUGCAAAAGCAGUACUUGAGCAAAGCUAACACUGAAACCCAAUGUGCAAAUACUUACAUCUUAGACACUUAAAUCUUUGAGUAGCCAAAGCUAAUGGAGCACAUUUACUGCUAUCUCUCUGUUGUGAGCUUAUCACAUUUCUCCAUUCAACAGCAAAUUUAUACCCUUAGAUAAUGACCCAGCUGUGCUACAUUGCCUAACCAACAUGCUACUGUUGGAGAGGAGAGCUGGUCUUGUGGCAACAAGCAUGACUUGUCCCCUUAGCUAAGCAGGGUCCGCCCUGGUUGCAUAUGAAUGGGAGACUAGAAGUGUGAGCACUGCAAGAUAUUCCCCUUAUGGGAUGGGGCUGCUCAGGGAAGAGCAGAAGGUUCCAAGUUCCCUCCCUGGCUUCUCCAAGAUAGGGCUGAGAAAGAUUCCUGCCUGCAACCUUGGAAAAGCCAGUGCCAGUCCGUGAAGACAAUACUAAGCAAGAUAGACCAAUGUUCAGACUCAGUAUAUGGCAGCUUCCUAUGUUACUUAAGGAGAAUAAUCCUCAUCCUUCACCCCAAGAUCUAACUCCUCAUUUAAACCAGCUGGAGGUUUUACAGACAGGGCUCCCCACACACCCCGAAUCCAAUCCUGAUUGGAGUGUGCCAGUGACAGUCCACAUAUUUGCUGGAUUUAAUCCAACCUCCCUGCGGGCUAUCAGGGACCAGGACAGACAGGGCUUAGAUUCUCCCCAAAUGGAGGCUGCAAAUUCUGGCUUUGCCCGAGUUAUGUGUGUGUGGGGGUGUGUGUGGUAAAAAACCCUCUAUGUUCAGCAGCUUUUGGAAAAAAACCUCUGGUGCUUCUGCUUUCUCCAAAGGUGUCGAUGGAGGUGCUGAUGGCUCUGUGAGUGAUCCAUCUAAUCCCUCGAAUUAAAAUGCCUCCAAUCUGCUGCGAAGCAGGUUUGCUCUUCAGAUACCCUGAGGCAUGUGUGAAAAGCUCCGAGGAGGCUUUACACACAGGGCUUCUGCCCCAAUCUCCUUCAGAAGAGAGUGUGUGCAUUCACACACCAGCCAAACCUACCUCGAAGUCCCUUAAGGAUUUUUGGACCCACUCCACAUGACUCUCUGGCUGGAUGUGUGCCGGGGCCCCUGGGGAUGGUUUUUCCCUGGGUCAAAGGAUCCAAGACUAGCUAGUUGUGGGCAGCCAAAGCAGACUGACUUCCUCCCUCAUCGUGUAAAACACCCCGAGAUGUGACUUUUGGGUGCAUAUAGAGAUGUGAAAUAAAUUUUAAAAAUAACAUCUCUUUUCUUUUCUUUUCUUUUCUUCUUUUCAGGAGAAGAGGAGGGGAGGAAAGUGGGGAGGAAGGCAAUUACAUCGGACAGCCGGGAGGUGGUCCGGAAGCUGCUGCUGCCACCCCUGGUCAGGUCCACCCUUUCCCUUGGUGACCCAGCCCCUGUGGCUGGGCCACCAACGGAAAGGGUGAGGUCCGCCAAAAAAAGGCGGACUAAAACCCACCUGGCCAGGGACGCACCCAGCACCCAGGUGAGGCCCCCACGGGAGGGCAGCCCACCAGCCCUCCCACGGAGGAUCGAGGCUCGGCGGGGGCCCAAGGUACCAGGUGGGGGCGUGCCUUCUGGGGGGAAACCCCUUCCCCACAAGGAGGAGGGGAGCCCCCCCAGAAGGAGGCCGGAGGUGGCAGCGGCGGUUAAAAUCCUCCAACCUAUCCCCAGGAGGAACCUGGAGCUUGGGGAGCCUGGGCGGGACUUCAUCCCUCUGGGGCAGGACCGUCUUUCUGGCUUGUCCAGGGAGUCGGUUCCUCCCCAGACUUCUUUAAAAAACCAUCCCAGGAUGAACGCCCUGACCCCGAUGGGCCGGCCUCUGCUGAAGCCGUUACCGUCAUCCUGGCAACCGCCAGAGGCUCAGCAGAGGCCCGACCCGUCGCCAGCGCUAUCUAUCCAAGCGCUGAGGCUCCCCAAGGCAGAGCCAGCCCCUUCCUCCUCGGGGAUUCCGCCGCUCCCCUCCGGCUCUGUGGCCCUUCAAUCGCCACCACGCCCCCGCCCGAAGGCACGCCCUUGGGGAGAGAGACUGUCACCUAUUCCUCCCCAAGGGCCGUGCCUCGUGGUCAGAGGCCUCCGCCCGCUGCGCGAUCCUCCGGUGGGGACCCUCUGGGUGCGUGGCAGCAGCGGUGGACGGACCCCACCAAACACCCCCUCCCGGCUGCUGCGGCCCCUCCCCUAAAUCUCCCCAACUCUCUCCUGCCAUGGUGAAGAGGGCCCCCCCGCCCCGCCCCGCCCCGCCCGCCCGCCCGCCCGCCUAUGUUUGCAGAACACCUAUGUGGACCCACCACCGAGCCACCUGGGGGUCGGGGUUGUGCACCACUGCCUGCCGGGGAAGGGUGAUGAAAUCUGGUCCUCCCCAACGCAGAGUGGCCUUUUGUACAGAAGACUCCCGUCAGCAGCAUCCAUCCCCCAGCCACAGCCAAGCUCUUCCCCUGUCCUGCCAGGUUCUCUUCUUUGUGCCCACCACCAGAUAUCUGAAAGACAUAGAGCCAGAACCAUUGAAGGGCCCAGUUCAUAAGAUUGUCCCAGGAGACCUAGUCUUGAUCGAAAAGUGGAAAAAGGAACCCCUUGAAAAUCGAUGGGACGGUCCAUUCUUGGGCUUACUCACAACUGACACUGCAAUUAAAGUCCAAGGCAAUAAAACCUGGAUACACCAUACGUGGGUAAAACUGGCACCCGAAGAAGCGCAAGAGAAGUGGACAAUCAAGCAAGGACCAGGACUGAAAUUGACCAUUCGGAAAACUCCACCGGAUAGUGAACAAUUUCCCUGGGAUUUGGAGGAAGAAGGAACACUUGAAGGAGCUCUGGUGCUAACCAAAGACACUAAUAACUCAUUUCCUUCACAGGAAACCUGAAAACCACAGUCGGACAUAGAACUAGAAUGCUAAAAAUUAAUGUUUGUUUAAUGUUAUUUACAUAGAGAUGAAGGUCCUUUCCAUAAUAGGGAUAAUUUUCAUUUUUAGGACUUAUUUAGUGGAGGGAGUAAAACAUCCACAUGUAAAAAUUUUGCAGGCUAUCGUUAACGUGACAACAUUGAAAAAUUGUUGGAUCUGUACACACGCAGAUAUAUAUUCAGAAGAAAAAAUUGCCCUAGUAAGUGGACCAGUGCCAUUAGAAUGGUGGAUACGGAAGCCCAAAAUGGGAUGGGCUCCGGUUUGGGUUUCAGACACGGAUUUGGCUUGGAGACCUACCAGAGUAGAAAAAGGGAAACGUAUAUGGACAUUUUCAAGGCAUUGGGAAAGAAAUUGGCUUUCUAAGGGUAUACCUGAAUUUUUUGUAGAAACUAUGAUGCCACAUCCCAUAUGUAUAGAAAAUGAGAAUGGAACGGGAAAAUACUUAGGGGCUAUCCCCUACCCACUCUGUGCCCACACUCUAGAAUUCUCUACAGAGGACGGAGAAUGGUGGCCAAUGGAUAACCAAUACAGGACUGAGUGUGAUGGCACUAACCUAAAUGUGGAGAAUUAUUUUUCUAUCCAAGGGAAAAAUGCACCGGUGGUUUACUUAAAUUUUACCCAAGGGGGAUGGCUUAAUGAGUCACAGAGUAUCUGGAAUUAUACACUUUAUUACCAUGAACGGUUAAGCAUAUUGAUAAAUAAAACAAGUACAGAUUACAAAACGUGUAAGAAUACUUCAUAUAGGUGGAACCAGCCCUUAUAUUAUGUAUGGCGAAGUAUCGCUGGUGCUUUUCAGAGAGACAGUGAGCAAACAAAUGGCUGGUUUACACAAUCUAAGGAAUACGAUUUAGCCUUACAAUGCAGCCAGCUGUUAAACCCUCAGGACCGACAAGCGGGAUCCACAAGUAACAAAAGAGGGUCGGGGAACUUUCUCACCUUAAUAAUAAAUGACCCCGGAGUAUAUUGGGUAUGUGGACGAGCUGUAUACAAAGCCUUACCCCCUGGAUGGAGUGGACGGUGCGCACCAUCAUAUAUAACCCCCCAAAUCAAUGUGUACACUCACCUAAAUGCAUCAAAAGUAGUUAAUCUGGGGAGUUUCAUUCAUCGAAUAAAAAGGGAAGAGAGAGGAACGAUUUACAACCCAAUAGUUGAAAGAAAUACAGGUUUCCAAAGAGCUUGGAGGGUUAUAAUCCCGGCUCUGGGGGUAGCAGAGUUGGAAAGAGCGAUUAUAAAUAUUUCAAGGGAAAUGGAGACAGGAUUUAAUGCUACACUUACAACUCUUCUAGACUUACAAGAAGAAGUUAGCUCCUUGUCAUCCAUGGUUAUACAAAAUCGGAAGGCAUUGGACAUUUUGGCAGCACAACAAGGGGGAGCCUGUGCUUUAAUUGGAGAGAAAUGCUGCUAUUACGUGAAUAAAGAAAAACAAAUAGUAGAGAAGGCUCAGGAUUUGAAAGAUACCUUAACGGUAGUCCAUAGUAUUUCUCAACAGGACCCUUCGGAAAUUUGGGACUGGUUAACAAAUUGGAUGCCAGAUUGGGAACGGUGGGUCAAGAAAUUAAUGUUGUUCCUCUUGCCUAUAAUUUGUAUUUUAAUCGUCAUUUGUUGCUGUAUACAAUGGAUCCCACACUGUGUAACCCGGGCAAUGACAUGUGUAAAGAGGGAAACUAUGCCCCGGGUAAGAUAUCAUCGCACCAGAAGGGGCUAAGGAAUUAGCUUCCACAAAAGAAAAGGGUGGAAUUGAUAUACUCAGAAAACCAAUUUCAUACUGAGAGGCUUAAAACACACUAUAUGAUAAGAACUUAAUUAAAGGUUAUCUCUGGAAUUUCCUCUCUAGCCCCAACUGUUAUCUCUGAGACUUCCUCUGUAGCUCAACCGUUAUCAUCGGAAUCUCCUCAGCAAUUUCUAUUGUUAUUAUUUACCUACAAGUGAGAUAAUGUAAUCAUUAUGUAAUUACUUGCCUACGUGAUCUGUAAAGUAUAAAAGUCUGUUGUAAAUGAUGCUCGGGGUUCUGGAAUUUAGGCAAUAGCUGGCCAGAACCUUUGCUUCUGCAGAGCAAAUAACAAAGCCUU